AUGUCAACCAAGAUAUUAAUCGUUGAUAUUUUAUCUACAGAAAUAGUCAAUAUUCUAAAGUACCAAUUGAAAAUUGUAUCCAAAACCUCAAAAUUAAUCGUAGUUGAAACAACCAUUUGUAAAUGUAAAGGACCUUGGAAUGUACAGGACAUCAUUAUGUCCUAUAAGAGAAUACAGCAAGCAGUUGUUGAUUAUAAUACUGUCUUCUCUAAAAUUAUUUUGAUAAGAAUAUCCACUGUUUUUGUUGGAUGUCUUAAAAGUAUGAGUUACAUGUUUUUUGGGUUUUCUAAGGAAUCUACAGAAAAUGGUAACGACGUAGUUUGCGAAAUAUUUAGGGGCUCAUACAUAUUUAUUUCAUUGUGCUUCGUCGUUCGCUGUAUAAUAUCAUGUGAGAACGUUGAAAAGGCUGGAGAAAAAUUGGGCACCCUCUGCAAAAUCUUGCAAUCUGAAGUUCAAGAACCUCGCCUUAAAGAGCAGUUGAUUGAUAUGUCAACUUUGAUAGCAGCAUUGCCUCUUAGUUUUUCAAUAUCAGGCUUUUUUAAAAUAAACAAAAGGCUUAUACCUAGUUUAAUAAGUGGCAUUACUUCAUAUUUAAUCAUUUUAAUUCAGUUUAAAGCACAAGAUCAAUGCAGUUAA